AUGCAGAGAACAUCGCGCCUGAAGCGAGAGCUGAGCCUGCUGGCCGCGGAGCCACCCCCAGGCAUCACGUGCUGGCAGAACGGGGACCGGAUGGAAGACCUGCGUGCGCAGAUACUAGGUGGAGCCAACACACCUUAUGAAAAAGGUGUUUUCAAGCUGGAAGUUCACAUUCCAGAGAGGUACCCAUUUGAACCUCCUCAGAUCCGAUUUCUGACUCCAAUCUAUCACCCCAACAUCGACUCUGCUGGACGGAUUUGUCUAGAUGUUCUCAAGUUGCCACCAAAAGGUGCCUGGAGACCGUCCCUCAACAUCGCAACCCUGCUGACUUCUGUUCAGCAGCUCAUGGCCGAGCCCAACCCGGAUGACCCGCUCAUGGCUGACAUCUCCUCAGAGUUUAAAUACAAUAAGCCAGUCUUCCUCAAGAACGCCAUGCAGUGGACAGAGAAGCAUGCGCGGCAGAAGGUAGACGAGGAAGGGACGCCUGGCAGCGCCCCCGAGGCGGGUGGCUCAGAGGGACCCAGCGCCGCACAGAAGAGGAAAGCUGGGCAGCUGAGCAGUGGUGGAAAGAGGUUUUGCCCUGACGUUUAG